GGACCAAGUUGGAAAGUCACGUGAUCAUUUAUUGCCAUUAUGAAAUAGGGGAAAACAAAUAAAACAAACGCAACGAUUCUUAACAGUUAUCACAAUUUUUCAGUUAUUCUUUUAUAUUUAUUAUUAUGGCAUCGGUAUAUGAGUAUUUAGAAAAUCUGGAUGCGAUAUCAAAAGAAAGAUACGAUGAAAAAUUAGCAUUACUUGAUUUAAAUCAAUGCCCUUACAAAUUUCCUGCAGACAAGUGGAUUGACAACCCAAACGAUUGGCCACCACUGAGUUAUCACCAUUUAUAUCACUACCUCAUCAAGACUCCACGCAUUUACUCACCAGAGGCAAUGGAAAACUUUAAGUCACUUGAUGCCUGGAAUUUUUUUAGAUCAGGCUGGGUUCAAAAAAUUGUUCACUUUAAAUUGGAUAGUGGUGUAUGUAUUAUGUGUGCUGAUGUGAGGCCAUCUUACCGGACUACUGAUAAAUGUCACAAGCCAUGGGUAGCUCUAAAAUCAGAUGGGACUGUUCUGGCAGGUCAUUGCAAUUGUAUGGCUGGGUAAGUAAUACACAUACUUAUUAUUAAGAAUGUGAUAGUUAUGGUGAAUAUACUUUAUAUUAAUGUUGGUGUAAACUUCUUUCAUUUAAA